GUCGCCAAGAGUAGCAAGUAGCAACGUUGAGGCAAGAUAACAGGUGAGAUCGGGAGGUGUAAAGGGUAUUGGGCUUUUUAUCUCUCUACCUUGAAUCUCUUUCUCCCUCGUCGGAAAAACUCUUCCCCUCCACCGUUGACUGUACGAUGGCCUCACACCAUUCGGACAUCCCAAAUACUAGUGCAGCAGUGGUCGGCAACGAUGAAAUCCAGCUCCCAAGGGGAAAUCAGGUUUUCCCUUCCGACGAAUUCCUAGCUGACUGUUUGAUGAAAAGGUUUAACGGUGAACCCAACCCUGACCACUUUCAUGACAUUGAUCUCUACUCCAAACAUCCUGCCCAGCUCACUGAAGAGUUGGAACCAAGUACAGACAAUAAGUGGUAUAUUUUCACUCCGAGGUUUAAAAAAACUCUAGGUACAAAGUUAAGGCCGGACCGUCGUACGCCGAAUGGAUAUUGGUGUACAACCGGAGUUGAUAAAGCCAUCAGCGUUGAAGGUUCUACAAAUCCUGCAGCAUUAAAAAAUUUCCUUGAUUUCUACGAGGGAAACCGCCCCGAUAGCACCAAAACUGAAUGGAAAAUGCAUGAGUAUAGGCUUAGCGACGCUGUCAAGAAUACCCUAAUCAACUCUAAACCCAGGGGUGACAUGACCGUAAGAUCUACUCAUUGCCUACUCAUAUUUAUGUUACAACUUUUUAUUGUAGAAUAAUUAUACGGUAUUGCUGUUCCCCCACAAAAUCUAAUGUAAUAGUUGGUGUUGUAGCUGGAUA